AUGGCAACCGAAUUAACCGUUCAAUCAGAAAAAGCUUUCCAAAAGGUUUGUACUUGACCAUGGUGGCGACGAAGGAUACGGAACGAGGAGAGAAUAGAAGGGUCUUUUUUGGUUUUUUUUGCUACAACGUCAAGACCAUCGACGCCAUAACGAGGAACGAGGAAAGAGGAGCGAACUUCCGGGUGUUUCAAAGGCAAGGGCAGCAGGUUUGGAAGUCAUAGCUCCUGUGGCGUUUAAUCUACAAAAGUUCAACCAUGAGACCCAACAACGUCACCACAAGUCAACAACAAAUUCUCAAGAACAGAAAAAAUGUGCCGCUUGAUACCCACUGGGAUCAAAGAAAACAGAAGCCCUUUUGCCAUUUCCCCCCCCCCCCCUGCUUCGAUUUUCGUGUUUUAAGCCCGGCAUCAUAUCAUCUCUCCUCCAAAAUUCCAUUUCCGUGUCAAUCCCCAAAAAAAAAAAAAAAGUGUAUACUAACUUCCACAAUAUAGCAACCACACAUCUUCACCAACCCAAAAGCCAAGGCCAACAGAAAGACCAAGAGAUGGUACAAGGACGUUGGCUUGGGCUUCAAGACCCCCAAGGCCGCCAUUGAAGGUACAUACAUUGACAAGAAGUGCCCAUUUGUCGGAGACAUCUCCAUCAGAGGCAAGAUCUUGACCGGUACCGUCAUCUCCACCAAGAUGCACAGAACCAUCAUUGUCAGAAGAGACUACUUGCACUAUGUGCCAAAAUACAACAGAUACGAAAAGAGACACAAGAAUUUCGCUGCUCACAUUUCUCCUGCUUUCAGAGUCUCGGACGGGGACGUUGUCACCGUGGGUCAAUGUAGACCUAUCUCCAAGACCGUCAGAUUCAAUGUUUUGAAGGUUGCUGCUUCUGGUUCCAAAUCAAAAGCCUUUACUAAAUUCUAA